CAUAUUGUUAGCAAGAAAUGUACAUCUUUACCUUUGCCCCAUAACACUACCAAAUGACAGCUUCUGCUCCCUUCCAUCCUUGCUAACAGUUAUACUAUAUAUUAAGUGGCUAAUGUUAAUUAGCUGGAAAACAAAUUACAAAGAAAUUAUGUAUUAUUAGCCAAGAAUUAGCACCAUUCCUGUUCUUACAGGCAACAAUACCAAUCAAAAAUAUUGACUCUCUGAUACUUCUUAGCUAAUGGAAAUCUUAUAGUGAGUGAGUAUGUAGCUAGUUUAUGUCCCUCUGGUUUUUUAUAAGCAUUGUGUUUUAGGUUACUGAAAUAUUGAGAAAUAAUGAAACAGAAAUGAUUUGUUGGAUACCCUUCACUACGCGUUGUAUUGUAAUUUGACAAACACAAAAGUUUGGAGGCCAUUCCCACUACACAUGACUUCUGUGGAAAAAAUUAAUGCUGUGUGAAUAAGGCCAUUUCAGUUUUUGCACUAUUGUCGAACAAAGUUAAAGCCAAAGUGUUCUGAAUCCUAAGUGAUUCAAUAACCCUGCCAGCUGAAACUACUGAUUAAAGUUAAAGUUAGAAUAUAAAUUGUGGUACUUUUUUAUGACAGGUUGUAAAGAGAGAAGUGGAGCAUCCAGACAUGCCCAGAGGCCUCAGCUGCUUGGCAAGCCCUGAGGGGGCAGACGGCAGGUACGAGACCCCCCCGGCUUCAGAGCUCCAGAGGCUGAUGUGGACAAAGAAGGGGAGCAGCAACCAUCUGGAUGAGGUUCAGCACAGAAUCUAUAUUGGAGACAUGUAUGCAGCCAAAGACAAGAGGACACUCCUGGCUCAUCACAUCACACAUGUAUUAAAUGCCGCUGAUGGGAAAUUCAAUGUGAACACAGGCCCCAGCUUCUACCGAGACACUAAAAUCACUUAUCAUGGAGUGGAAGCUUUUGACAUGCCAUCCUUUGACUUGAGUCCCUUCUUUUACCCAGCGGCCAAUUUUAUCAAGAGCGCUUUAAGCUGUCCCACAGGUAAAGUGUUUGUCCACUGUGCGAUGGGUCUCAGUCGCUCGUCCACAUUGGUUCUAGCCUACCUGAUGAUCCACGAGAACAUGACACUGGUGGAUGCACUCAAAGCUGUCGGUGAGAACAGGAACAUCUCACCGAACGCCGGGUUCCUGGAGCAGCUCAGAGUGCUGGACAAAAAGCUGCACGGCUAGGGAUCAUCGAGGGGCUUGAGUGUCGAUGGGUGGACUUGAGAUACAGCUUCAUGUCAGUGUCUGACAUUGAACAACAAAGAAAAUGAAUUAAAAAAACCUGUUACACUUUUCUUCCUAUGAUAAAUUCCACUUUUUGAAUACAUUAAAGUGACUUAAAUAGCACAAAAGGGCAUUUCAUUGUAAUGUAGAAGUAGUAUUUAAAGAUUGAACAAUAAGGCUGUGAAAAUAUUGUUUUUGUGUGUAUAAAGAAUAAAAAGUAU